AUGAAUAUGAAUCUCAAUUCAGGUUUACCUGAUCAUCGACCUCCUCAUUCAUCAACAUCUACAACUGUUUUUCAAUUUUCUCUGAAUAUUCUUGAAUUUGGUCGUAUACCACGUCUACCCGACAAACAACGUAUCGAUCUUCUUGAUUUAUUUCAAAAAUAUAUUCCUUCUCCUAAUCUGGUGCCAAAAUCAGGCGACGAUCUUUUAGAGACCGAAACCGAUGGCAAAGUGCCAUUCGAUUCAAUUCGAGUUUUCUGGUCUUUUUAA